GAACUCUGCAGUUCCUCGCUCGGCCUGCGUGGCGCUGUUCGUCUCUGUGGCAGUUUCUUUACGCCCUCUUUGAAGCGUCGUCUGUCAUUCACGGACAGCGGCGCGCAGAGAGAGUCAGAGCUCGAAGGUUAAAGUUGAGGGCCAUGGCUCGUGGGCAGCAGAAGAUUCAGUCCCAGCAGAAGAACGCCAAGAAGGCAGCAGAGAAGAAGAAAGGUCAGGGCGCGGACCAGAAGACUGCAGCAAAGGCCGCACUGGUCCACACCUGCCCCGUCUGCCGGACACAGAUGCCAGACCCGAAGACUUUCAAGCAGCAUUUUGAGAGCAAACAUCCCAAAUCCCCAAUGCCUCCUGAGCUGGCCGACGUUCAGGCAUGAAGAACUGCUGACUGGACCGGACCUGAACCUGAACCCGGGAUAAACAAUGACCACGGACUAAACGUUGAAUCAUGGCGCCUGAAGGAAGUUGAUGACGAACACUGGGGGACCCGUCAGUAUUCAUGGACAACGGGUUGCGACGGAGGGAGGGGGUGGAUGUGUGUAUGUGCUGUGUACAUGUGUGUUUGUAAGAGAAAAAAAACAAUAACGACGGGGCAGAAGUACACCAGCACCCCAUUUUAUAUUUAUUAUGUACAACUACCUUACUAUUCCAAAUGGGGGAGGGGACCGGCGAGAUUGCCUGCUAACACUGAAUAAAACUAUCUUGUGACUAAUGACCGGGAGUUGUGAUAAGUCUGAAAAGGCUCCAGUGGGACGUAAAAAAAUCAACAUUUGAAUGUAUGACAAGCUAACAGCUGGUUGUACCGGGUUAAACACUUCAGAGGAAAUGACGGCACAUUCAAGGCCCCUACGAUAGAUCACUCAUCCACAGAGGGCACAGCACUGCUGUUGGGUUUAAACUCCAAUCAUUUUAUUUCCUUUUCACUUGAACAGAGGCAAAAAUUAGGUCCAUAAAAUGAGUCUCCACAAGCAUUGGCCUCUUUGAACGACUAAAACCUUUGUGCAACUUUAGAUUUUCUGGUUGUUGAAGGUAAAUUCAGGAUAUUAGCUCCUGAGGUUCAUGUUUUUCUGACUCCACAGCGCUGCCUCCUCUGUGCUGGAGUCCACAUUCAGUAACACCUCACAACAGUACCUCACGUUACACACAGCUCAUAGUAAGUUUUUUUUCUUAUGCUAAUUUUAAUGUCGACCUUCUCUGGCAUGUUUCCCAACAUAAUCUUGGCAAUAAAAUCAUCUUUGUCCCUCUUUAGUUCAACCAGGACGAGAUUUAUUUUGAAAAAACAAACUUUAUUUUUUUCUUGUUGCUAACGCCCCGUUAACAUAUCCUCGUUUACGCUUUCAGCUGUUUGGUUCAUUGAUUGACACAUUUGUUUAGUAAC